CAAAACCGGUGCGCUGCUGGGUGCUUGUAAACAACAUAGGCUGUUUAUUGUACAAUUGGAGAUUCAUCUUCUGUAUUGAGUAGACAGUAGUUUUUUUACAUGUAAUAAAGUGAAAACAUUUGAUUUUUUUUUAGUUCAUCUGAUACUUUUGGAAUAUUUAUGUUAUCUUGUCCAAGUAAAGAGUAUUCUGGAUUGGAAUUUAUUCUAAAACGUGCUAGUUCUAGUCUUGGCAAUUGGAGAUGCAUUUGGGUAAACAGGUGUUUGGUCGAUGAGAACAUAACUAUAUAGGAGUAGAAGUCAAAGCGGAAAACAAAUUAUGGUCUAAGUUUGAUAACAUGUGAGAUGAAUGACCCUGGUUUACCUCCUAGACCGCGAAGUUUAAAUCUCCUUGAAUCCCUCGUUAAAGAGGAAGAAGCAAAGGAACAAAGCAGAGGGUUUACAAAUGUAGUAAUCCCCACAGAAACCAGGGAAAGUGUUUCGCCAGAAUUUUAUGACGUAGAUAAGCAACAGCUAACUAAAGAGACUAGCGCUAGUAAAUCAUUUACCGAAUUCAAAAUGAAAGAUACGGACAGCACCUCCAAAGUGCCGAGAGGAGACCCACAUGCUGGAUUUAAGGGAAAGAAAAUGAGAAAACAAAGAACAAGGUCAAAUUCUGCUGACAAAUUUAAAUCGAAAAAAUCUACAAGACCUUUUUCAGCUGAUUACAAUCAGAAUAAAAGAAAUAAACUGAGUGCUAAUGAUGUGAGAAAAGGACGCCCAAAGACAACCACAGGUCGAAGAAUGAAUAAUCGAACAUCUUCACCCAAAGGCCAAAGGCCAAGGUCACCACACAGUUACUCCUCUGAUACAUAUUCCUCUGAUGAUGAAUAUAUAAAGAAAGAGAGGUUUAGAUCUGAUUCCAGAAGUCCAGAAGGUAAGCAAGAUAAAUCAGACUUGGACAGCUUCUUCGAUUCUGAUAGAGACAGUAAUAAAAAGAAAAAGUCUUAUGAUUCUGAUAAAGACAGUGAUAAAGGUAUGAACAGAAUGGGUAAAGACUCGAAACGCAGCAGUAGUAGUUCAAGCGAUUCAUCUUCAUCUGAUGAAGAUUAUAGGGAAGAAAAUAAAAAAGUGAAUGGACAUUUUCCUCAUAGAAUAGAAAAGAAGGUAAAAAAAACUGUUUAUGCUGAUAACAAUGGAAAACAAAGAACAAAAUCUGAUUCAGAGAGUUCAGAUUAUCAGCGUAUGGUAGUCGUUGAUGAUUACUCUUCAACAGUGAGCUCAUCAGAAGAUGAAAGUAAAAAACAUGAAAAUGUUAAAAAUGUUUCGAAACCACCGCACCCUGCAAAAAAGGCAAAACCUUUGUUAUCGAGAAAGAAACGUCAAGGAUAUAAAAUCUUUCAAGUUAACCCUGAUCUAUAUAUUGAAGGUAAACUUCAUCAGAAAUAUACUGAACUAGAAGAACUGAUGUCGUGCUCGUUUGUCGACCAGAAAAGUCAUGUGACUCGUCAUCAUUUAUAUCAGAUGGAGCUGUUACGUGACCAGUACCAGAAUGCCAGUCAUGGUCAACGUUCAGCUCAUGCAAUUAUUCCACAUAGUCUUCCAGAGGAUAUUAGAAAUAGGUCAUCAAGGCCUACAUCAGCAAAACGACCACCCAGACGCAUUGACAGCGAUCAGGAUUCAGUAAAUUAUGAAACUGCAUAUGGAACACUACGCAGCGUUAUGACGGCAGAGAGAGCAAGGCAUUCAAAUAAAAUCAGGACAGAUAUCCAUGCAGAUAGACCUAACAGUGCUAAACACACUGGGAAGAAAAAGAAAAGAAUUGAAGCCAGUUAUAAGGCAAGAAAGAGUGACACAGAGGAGGAAACUUCUGAAAGACCAAGUUUUAGUAGCAAGGCUGACAGUAGAACUAGCUCUUCCCCAAGGACGCCAAGAGCUGGUCCUUCUGUAGAUGACCAUAUCAAAUAUUCAAAAAAUGAAAAGCUUCAAAGGUGGCUCAAGGAAAAAGAUAAGAUUUAUAGGCAGCAUAUUAAGGAAGAGAAGAGAAAGAAGAGAGAAGAAAGAGAGAAACUUGUUAAUGAAGCAAAUGAAAAGUUUGAAAAUCGGUUGAAGUCUCAGAAAGUGGUAAAGAAAUGGAUGAAGGAGAAGAGUAAAGAAUGGAUAAAGAUCCAAAAGGAGAAAAGAAUGAAGGAAAGAGAGGAGGAUGAGUGGCUUGAGUCAUACAAGAAAACAAAGAGUGUACCAGGAGAGUCUUUGCGGAUCCGUCCCCAAUCUGCUCCAGUUAAAAGACCAGAAGAUGAAGAUAUAGAUAAUGAAAAUCUGAAAGAGAAGAUUCAUUCUAGAAGAGAAGAAGAAGAAGAGAAAAAGCAGACUAAACUUGCUCAAGAGGGUCCACAUCCUCCUCAAACAAAGUUUAUUUACAAAAGGCCUGUUGCUGGAAAGAUAAAAUUGAAAUUGCAAGUUAGAGGAAAAAGUCCCACUGCUCAGAAAACCGAUAGUGAAUCAAAAGGAAGUAAGGCUGAAAGUGAAAGUGAAAGAGCAAAGCAAAUGAGACUGUCUUAUGAUGAUUGGGUUAAAAAGAAAAGAUCUGAUGAUAUUACUAGAAAGGAAAAUGCUAAGAAACAAAGAGAACUUGCAAAAUCAGAUCCUGAAUUAGAAAGAAUCAUUCCAGCCCUUGGAAAGAAACGUAUUGAAGAUAAGUUAAACAUGAGAAAAAGAAUCGACACAGGAAUCAAGAAAUUUGACGACAAAACCAACAAAUCCUAUGGAGGAGGCGAAUUCAAUGGAGAAGCAAUUGAAGAGAAAGAAAAACCAAGGAAUGCUUACAGAUUAGAGAGUGAUCGAAGAGAUUCAGGAGAGCCAGCUAUGACAGCUAAACAACUACAGAGGCCUUCAACUGCUCCAUCAGGGCGAGGAACAGUGCCUUCACCACAGAAAUCUGCAAACUCCCCACGUAAAGCAGUAAUUCCUCAGAGGGUAGAUAAAGUUAUGGCUAAUGAAAAUACAAGCAAUCCUUACAUAUUGCCCUUUCCCCCAGACAAAGGAAUUCCACCACAUGUGGCAGAACGCCAGAGAAGGCUGUUUGCAGAUCAGAUAACUGACAACCUUGAUGAAAUUGAACAAAGAGCACUGUUAAAUGCAGAACUGAUAAAAGAAGGGGUUUCAGAGGCAGAUAUUUCAGCUGUGGCACAACUGGACAAUAAGGCAUUUGAACAGUAUCAAGCUGAAAAGAAAACAGAAGAGGAUAAGCAUUCAAAAAUAUCUGAACUGAUGUACUCUCCACGUAAACAAGAAGACUCUUCGGAAUCUUCAUCAGAUGAGAAUGUUAAAGUAGAAACUAAUGAUAAAAUUGAAAGUGAUCAGAAUAAGCCAACAGAAGAAUCAGAAAAGGAAACUACACAAAAAGAGAUAAGUAAACAAGAGCUGGAAGAGCAAAACGAAAAUAUAGAAAACAAAAAAGAAGAACAAAUUACUACAAAUAAUGAAACUAGUGAUAAUGGUCAUAGUCACUAUAAGACCUAUGAUAAUUUAAAUGAACUAACACUUGACUCAGAAAAUAAGUGUGAUGACAAGCCAGAAGAUCAUCUUAAAGAAGACAUUGAAAUCUUAAAGCAAAGAGUGGAGAAUUUGCAUAUACACUCAGAUUCAUCAAGUACAGGCUCAAUUAAAGGAGAUACUGAAUUAAAAGGUCUAGAAGGUGGUGUUUCUGAAAUGUCAGAGAGUGUGAAGAUAACUGUUGUCUCUGAAAAGGACAAUGAUCCAAACAUUGUUGGCAUUCUGAAGGAAAGUAAAAGAGAAAAUAUACCUGUUCUGGAGUCAAGUGAAGAACCUGAACUAAGGCAAAAUAAAGGCAAUGAAGACAAUGUAGAUGGCGAAGAGCCAGGCUCUCCUCAGGAAGAUUCUGCCAAUUUUAGAAAACGUGUUUCAUUUAAUGAACAGACUGAAGUAUUUCAGUCUUUUGAGUCCACCAGCACAGAUACAGUUACACCAGAACAAGACGAUUUUGAUGUACAAGCUGAGAGUCUGGAUGCUCAGCAAGGUUUUGAUAAUGAUGACGAUGAUGAUGAUAGGCCAGAUAUUAUGAAAUUGCAAGGUCAGAAAAUGACUAUUAACAUAGGUGGUUUUGAACUUAACCCAACUGUGAUUAAACAAGACAAAGACGAUGGUACAAAUGGAGGUACAAACAAUGAUGAGGAGAAUAAAACUACUUUCAUUACAAACCCUGAAGAUGAAACUGGGGGAUCUGACUAAUAUUUACAUUUUUCCUAGGUAGUGAUUUCAUAUGUUAAGUUGUAUUUUAGUGCUGUUUACCAAUUUUAGGAAUUUAGUUUCAGCCAGUAGCAGAGGGAACUUUACACCUUUCCCAUAAGCUUAACUGUUAGUAAUGUGUAACCAUUUUGAACCAAAUUCCUAGUAUCACUCAGUUUGUAGGUCUGUCUUAAUCAGCAAGUAUUCAUGAGUUUACUAAGCCCAUUAUUUAAGAAUUUAGAUUUUGCAGAACACUGGGUUUUUUGUGUGUAUGUUUUUUGACAUGAAAAUGUUUCUUUGAGUUAAUGUGUUGAUUAUUUCUAUUAUAAGUCUAAAAAUCUCAUUCUUUUGCCAUUAGACAAAUUUUAUACUGACCGUUUAAUGCUUUAGAGCCUGAUAAUCUUGUUGUGAUGUUAUUUAGUGUUGUUAUAAGUGAGUUGGGUUUUACGGCGAAUUGACACAAAAUGGUCAUAUAUUGCCGAGAAGUGUUGUUAUAGAGUAUAUUUAUUCUGAGGUAAAUAUUUUGAUGUUUAAGUGGCUAAAGCUGUAUUCAUGUUUCAUCAAUUUAGGAUAUAGCUAUCUCAUUGGAAAUUAAUUUGACUUUUGCUGGAAGCCUGCUUUUGAAAACUACAUUUCCUUCUUAGUAUAUUUUUCCUACAAGUACAUUGUACUGACAGAAAAGAAGUGCAAAAGUAACAUGCUGUUCUAUAAGCUGUAUUGCUAAUUGGUAUUUAAAAUGUUUAAUUUUAUGCUGUAGGUAGUAAUGAAAAUUUAUAGCUGUUUGCUCAAGGUUAGGUUUAAUUUUGAAUUACAUGUAAAACCAAUAUAGUCCAGAUCACUAUAGUGAAAAUAAACAUACAAUAAUAGUUACACUAUUGCUUAAAGUUUAUCUCUGUUGUGGUACAUGAUUUUCAAACAUUUUUUAAAUGUUGUGAGAUAAUUCUUUUCGUUCACCAAAACAUCUUUUGCAUGAAUCUUUUAAGUCUAUUUGUCGUUGUCUUUGUAAAAUGUGCCUAAGAGUAAAUAUACAUAUUUUCUACCUGUAUGAAGUGUACUUUUCCUUUGAAAUAAGUUUAAUUAGAAUUUGUUUUAAGUGGUUAGAAGUAGUUAUUAUUUAAAACAAAUGUAUUUUAAGAUGAUAUUACAUAAUUCCGUCCAUGUACAUGUACUGUUAUUAGGUACACUGUAGUUGUUCUUAGUGUGAAGACAUGAUAAAUGAUCUGUGAUAUUUUGAUAAAGCUUUUUAAUAUUUUUAAAACAAGUUUUUAGGGAAGUAUUAUUCAAGAUUUUAUGUUUUUAUCAAGUAUUUAUAUUAGGUGUUAUUUUCAGAAAUCCUGUAGAUCGAGAUACAGCUUGUAAUGUAGGUGCAUUCUAUGGCAAAAAUGGUAAUAAUGAAAUAUCAACAUUAAAAUGAUAUCAGAUACCAUUGCUAACCUGUAUCUUUUAUAAUUAUUUCAAAAUUUACAAGCAGUCUAGAUUUUUUUUCAUAAAUAGCAUUUCAUAGAAUUUCUGUUUAUCCCUAUAUUUCAUAACAUCCAUAUUCAGGUGAGAUGUGCUUUAUGUUUGAACAUCUCAGUAGUCUAUUUCAUUAGUCCAUGUCUGUAAGGUCUGAUCUAUGUUUGAAGGUCUCAGAUAUUUUGUUCAAAAAAGUUUUCUGAUGGUUAUUAAGAUUUCAAGAUAUCAGCUGGACAGAAUUGUGGAGUCACUUUUAUCCUGCCAAAAGAAGAAACUUUCCAGUUUCUAGCUAAUGCUUUUGUAGUGUUU